UCUUUCUCCUCCUUCUCUUCCUUUUCCCCUCUUCCCCUUCCCCCCUCUUCCGGCCUGCUCACCCGCCCCGAUCCCCCCCUCUGAAUUUCCGCAUCCGGCUCAUCGAGGCUCCACUUCCGGCAAAGAAGGGAGGGAAAGGGAAAGGGGCGGGGACAAGAUGGCGGCGCCUAUGAGGAUUCAGAGCGACUGGGCCAAAGCUCUCAGGAGGAAUGAAGGGGAAGCCUGGCUGAGCUGUCACCCCCCAGGGAAACCUACUUUAUAUGGCAGACUAAUUUGCCAGGGAGUUGACUCUAGUGGAAUCCCAGAGAUCACAGCUUCAGAAGGAUUUGUUGUGAAUGAAAUUACUAAGAAAAGCAUUCAUAUUUCAUGUCCAGAGGAGAAUGCUUCUUCCAAAUUCUUGGCACCAUAUACCACCUUUUCCAGAAUUCAUACAAAGAGUAUAACAUGCCUGGACAUUUCUAGUGGAGGAGGCCUUGGAGUAUCCACCAGCACUGAUGGCACCAUGAAAAUCUGGCAGGCAGCUAAUGGAGAGCUGAGAAGAAUACUGGAAGGACAUGUAUUUGAUGUGAAUUGUUGCAGGUUUUUCCCAUCAGGCCUUGUGGUUCUGAGUGGGGGAAUGGAUGCACAGGUGAAGAUCUGGUCAGCAGAGGAUGCCAACUGCGUGGUGACCUUCAUUGGUCACAAAGGAGGUAUCUUGGAUACAGCUAUUGUUGAUCGAGGAAGAAAUGUGGUUUCCAGUUCUCGAGAUGGGACUGCUCGGCUAUGGGAUUGUGGGCGAUCAGCCUGCCUGGGCAUCAUUGCAGAUUGUGGCUCUCCUGUGAAUGGCAUUGCUGUGGGUGCAGCUGACAACACAAUAAAUCUUGGCUCCCCUGUGAAAGUUCCCAGUGAACGGGAGAUUGGAACAGAAGGGAAGAUGCUGCUUUUGGCUCGAGAAGAUAAAAAGCUCCAGUGUGUGGGAUUACGGAGUAGGCAGCCGGUGUUCCUCUUUGUUGGCUCAGAUGCUUUCAACUGCUGUACUUUUCUCUCUGGCUUUUCUCUGUUGGCAGGGACUCAAGAUGGGAACAUAUAUCAGUUGGAUGUGAGGAAUCCAAGGACUCCAGUACAGGUCAUUCACCGAUCAGGAGCUCCAGUACUAUCUCUGUUGGCUUACCGAGAUGGAUUCGCCGCCAGCCAAGGUGAUGGGACUUGUUUCAUUAUGCAGCAGGACUUGGACUAUGUAAUUGAGUUAACUGAGGCUGACUGUGAUCCUGUGUACAAGGUAUCCACGUGGGAGAAGCAGAUCUACACCUGCUGUCGAGAUGGUCUUGUACGCCGAUAUCAGCUCUCUGACCUCUGAUGACUCAAAGAGCUGAGUGACUGGUCAGAAAGCAGAAACCUUCAUCACCAGGGAGCUAAGACCCCACUGGCCUCAUGGGACCAUAGACCCUUUACACUGGACACACACAGCAUGCUAGGGUUCUGCUCACAAGACCAGAAAGACCCAAAUAUUGUCCCCUAUGUGACCUUUGUCUUGUUGUUUUAGCCCACACAGAGAGCCACUUGGAUCUGACCAAACAUGGUAUAUCUAUUUGCGUUAGCAUCCACUCCUCCUUUCCCUGGCACCAUAGUCAGCACAUCCCCAUUCCCUCCAUUCAACAGUUAAGAUGACCCUCAGGAUGCAGAAGAGGAGCCCCUUUCUCUGCAGGACUUUGUUCAUUGUGUGUGUGCAAUUCGGUUUUCUGAGACAUCAAAUCCAUUGAAUGUGCCUACAGAACCAGAGAAUCAAAGCCAGCCCUCCACGAAGAAAAUAAAGGAGAAACAUUUGAAGACAUCACAAGACCUGUUAUAGCGCUAAAGCAUGGUGGCUUUAGAUUUGGAGACAGAAGUACUUGGGUUCCAACCCCAGCUAUUUUUAUUAGUUGUGUGACUUUGGUCAAGUCCCUUCCUCUGUCUGGGCUGCACUUUCCUUAUCUGUAAAAUAAGGGCUUAAAUUAUAUGAUCAGUCAAUCAAACACCAUGUAUUUAAGUUCCCUCUGUAUGCAGGCAUGGCUAAGGACUAGGGAUACCAAAAAAAUAAUAAAAGUUACCCCCAAAAAAUAAUAAAAGUUUUUUGCCUCAGGGAGCUUAUGUUGUAUUGAGAGAGACAGCUUGUAUGUAAUUGGGUAUGUACAAAAUGAGACAGUAGUUUUCCAGGAGAAGCACUAGCAGUUAGAAGGGUCAGGGCAGGUCUCCUAUAGACCAAUAUAUAUAUUGGUGUUGGAGUUGAGCAUUGCAGGAAACUAGGGCUUUUAGCAGAUGGAGACAAGGAGGUGGUAUUAUGGAGAUAGAAUCAA